AUGGCUAAUCAGGAAAUAAGUUUAAAAUGGAAUGGCUAUCAGAAUAACAUACUAUUCAAUGUGAAAGAACUGUUCAAAGACGAAGGCUUGUCGGAUGUUACUUUAGUUUCCGAAGGGCAUUGUUUUAAAGCUCAUAAGGUUAUAUUAUCAGCAAACAGUCCUGUAUUCAGGACAAUCUUCCAGCAAAACCCCCACAAGGAUCCAAUUAUAGUACUCCAUGAUAUCAGUACGGCGGCUCUAAAGACACUAAUGACUUUCAUGUAUAAUGGAGAAGUAAAUGUGACAGAAGAAUUCUUGCCAGUGUUGUUAAAAACAGCAGAAACACUAAGGAUCUGUGGCUUGUCUACUAGCAGUGAAGUUUCUCGCGACGAUGAUAAAACAUCUACAAGUUUACCAAAAAAACGUAAGAAAGGUGAACACGAAGAUGGGACAGUUCGGUGUAAGAAAUGUGUUUUGGUACAAGGUAGACUUGACGUCACUCACAAUAGUGCCAUUCCAAAAUAUGAGUCUAUAGAAUCACCACUAACAGACUAUUCGGGAGAUAAUACAAACGAUGGUGACAUUGCUGUACUUGAGGACCAAACCACAAAGAAAAUCAAUAAGGGAGCAGCGGCGACACAAUCAAAGAAACGCAAGAAUGCUGAACAUAAUAACAACAAUAAAUGCAAGAAAUGUACCACCCCUAUUGAAACCGAUGUAGUACACAAAAUAUGUUCAGAUAAUGGAAAACAAUCAAACAUUAUACUUAAAAUUGAACCUGUGGAAUCACCUCUUACGGACUAUUCCGGCGAUAAUACAAAUGACACAGAUAUUGCAUUACUUGAAGAUAGUUCAGAAAAGAAACACAAUAUCAAUCCUGAAAAUUGUUCUAAUAAGUGUUUGAAUGAACGUAUUGACAAAAUUGAAGUUAGCAGCACACAGCCAUGCCUGAAUGAAAAGAUUAAUGCAAAUAAUGCUGAUACAAUUAUAGAAAUUGAUAAAGAAGUGGAAACUGUGCUGCAAAGUGGAACAAGGAUCGAGUCGUUGAGUAUCAAAACUGAGAGUCUCAAUUCUGUGUCUAGUGAGGCUCAAAAUUGUAAAGAUCCGUCGUUCCCAUGUCCUUUUUGUCCUCGCGUCUACAAUAGUUGGGGCUAUAGACGACGACAUGUAAAAUCGAGGCACGUUACUAACAGAUUAUCUUGUAAGUGGUGCGUGUCGGUGUUGUCGUCGACGGGCGCGUGGUACAGCCACGCCACGCGCGCGCACGGCGUGCCGCACGAGGAGGCGCGCAACUCGCUCGUCGUCAUGGUCGAGGCGCACGCCGUGCUCACGCUCAACGAGCCCAACGUCACGCAGCUACUGGUCUGA